CGACGGUCGGUUUGUUUUUCCUCAUGCUUUGAAAAGGCUGAUUACCGCACGCCGAAUUGUAACUCAAUCUAAAAUGCUCCUCCCGACACGGUCGCGGCCUAUUGCGUCCCUACGGGCCCUGCAUCGAAGCUGGCGCAGCCAUGCCGGGGCAACCGACCCCCUCCUUGGACGCUUGGGCGAGGUCGUGCGACAUACAUGGUAUCUGGGAUUUACGUCUUUUGGGGGUCCCCCGGUUCAUUUCCAGAUUUUUCACGCGCGGUUUGUCGAGCAGGAAAAGUGGGUUGAUGAGCAGACGUACCAAGAACUUUUCGCUAUCUGUCAGGGCCUGCCGGGACCGGCUUCGACCAAGAUGCUCUUCUGCUUGGCGUUGCUUCACGCUGGCUUCAUCCCGGCCUUACUGGUAUUUGUCCUCUGGUGUCUUCCCGGCGCAGUCGGUAUGUAUGCCCUCUCUCUCGGCGUGCAACGGAUCGACGAAACCCUGCCCGCGGCAGUCUACGCUCUUCUCUCCGGCCUGAAUGCCUCGACAGUAGGCAUUGUUGCCCUCGCUGCCGUCCAGCUAGCUGAAAAGGCGAUCCGUGAUAAGAUUUCCCGCAUCCUGGUUAUUUUCGGUGCAUGCGCAGGCCUCUGCUAUAGCGCACUCUGGUAUUUCCCAGUUCUUAUGGUUGCGGGUGGUGUGGCUACGGCACUGUGGGAUGGUUGGGUAUAUCAACGAAUUCUCAGGGCAAAGAUGGCGUGGAUAAAUAGGAAUCGCCAGCCCGAACCGGAGGGCGACGCCUCUGGAUCGGCAGGUCACGAGCGUUCGUCCGCGCGGAACUCAGGACAGGGUGCUGGAACAGAGAUGCUGCGGAUGAGGAAGUCAGGCACAGAGGCAUCCCCGCCGAUCUCAACCGAUAUCCAGGCCCCGGAAGAAGGGGAAACUCCUGCACAGGAGCAUAUCAUUCGGAUCCGUGUGGGGGCUGUAAUCCUUAUCUUCUUCUUUGCCUCCUUCAUCGCCAUUCUCGUCGCAAGAGCCAAACUCUCCGCACCGCCUCUAUCUCUCGACCUCUUCGCGAAUAUGUACCUAGCCGGUACUGUGAUCUUCGGCGGCGGCCCCGUUGUCAUCCCCUUGCUCCGGUCAUACGUCGUGGACCCGGGUUGGGUUUCCAGUCGAGACUUCCUGAUCGGCCUCGCAAUCAUUCAGGCCUUCCCCGGCCCAAACUUCAACUUUGCAGUCUUUCUCGGUGCUCUUGCCGUCCAAACCACAUCCUACCCAACAGUCCUCGGUGCCUUGCUCAGUGGGCUAGGGAUCUUCUUCCCUGGAAUUACCCUCGCCGUCGCAAUGCAGUCCUUUUGGCGUGUUCUGCGGAAACGGAAGUAUAUUGUUGACUUCCUCCGAGGGGUGAAUGCAUCAGCUGUUGGAUUAGUGUUUACAGCUGUGUACCGGCUUUGGGAAAUUGGAUAUCUAACUCCGCAGGAUCGUGAUGGGCAGAGUCUGGCGAAGGAGCCCUGGUGGGUUGUUAUUGCCGCUGUUACAUAUGCCCAAAGUGCAUGGUUCAAGGUCCCGCCGGCGGCUGCGAUUGUGUUAGGUGCUGUGCUUGGGUUGUGUUGGUAUGGAGUCGUUAGUCCUGCCUGGUGACGGAGUCCAGGAUUGUGGAUACGCGAAAAUCGAAGGGUAUGUGAGCCGUCCGCCCGUCUCCUUGAGCACUUGAGACGCAAAUAAAUCAGGAUAAAUGAUACGGCUUUUUUCUAAUCCAGGUCGACCUCAUCUACUUCUGCAUUGAUAGGGGAAUUGAAUAUCUUCCUGGGAAAAAAGCUUGUCAACGCGUGAAUCGAGAAGCGCUUUCAGUGUUUGCCGAUAAUGAAUUCAACCGUCCUGGACUGCAUGAUACGGGGUGUUAGUCCGUCAGAAGCUCUCAUUAUCCGUGGCAACAUGUUAAAAAAUGUAUCCCACCAAGCUACAGCCCUGAUCUGACGCCAUUCGGAUCACGGAAACAUGCGAUCCAUGUAAUUCUGAUAUCAUGAAAACCCCAUUUUGAUAUAAGCUUGGCGCUAUGUCGUUUCUCGCCUCAAAU